AUGAGGCCGCGCUCGGGCGGGCGCCCAGGGGCCCCGGGCCGCCGCCGCCGCCGCCUCCGCCGCCGCCCCCGCGGCCCCCGCGGCCGCCGCCUGCCGCCGCCGCCGCCGCUGCCGCUGCUGCUCGGGCUGUUGCUCGCGGCCGCGGGGCCCGGCACGGCGCGGGCCAAGGAGACGGCGUUCGUGGAGGUGGUGCUGUUCGAGUCGAGCCCGAGCGGCGACUACACCACCUACACCACCGGCCUCACGGGCCGCUUCUCGCGGGCCGGGGCCACGCUCAGCGCGGAGGGCGAAAUCGUGCAGAUGCACCCACUGGGCCUGUGUAACAACAAUGAUGAAGAGGACCUGUAUGAAUACGGCUGGGUCGGAGUGGUGAAACUGGAACAGCCGGAGCUGGACCCGAAGCCAUGCCUCACUGUCCUCGGAAAGGCCAAGCGAGCUGUGCAGCGGGGAGCCACUGCUGUCAUCUUCGAUGUGUCUGAAAACCCGGAAGCUAUUGACCAGCUGAACCAGGGCUCAGAAGACCCGCUCAAGAGGCCGGUGGUGUAUGUGAAGGGUGCAGACGCGAUCAAGCUGAUGAACAUCGUCAACAAGCAGAAAGUGGCGCGCGCGCGGAUCCAACACCGUCCCCCUCGACAACCCACUGAGUACUUCGAUAUGGGGAUUUUCCUGGCUUUCUUCGUCGUGGUCUCCUUGGUCUGCCUCAUCCUCCUUGUCAAAAUCAAGCUGAAGCAGCGACGCAGUCAGAAUUCCAUGAACAGGCUGGCCGUGCAGGCCCUGGAGAAGAUGGAAACCAGGAAGUUCAACUCCAAGAGCAAGGGGCGCCGGGAGGGGAGCUGCGGGGCCCUGGACACGCUCAGCAGCAGCUCCACGUCUGACUGUGCCAUCUGCCUGGAGAAGUACAUCGACGGGGAGGAACUGCGGGUCAUCCCCUGCACUCACCGCUUUCACAGAAAGUGCGUGGACCCCUGGCUGCUGCAGCACCACACCUGCCCCCACUGUCGACACAACAUCAUAGAACAAAAGGGAAACCCGAGCGCCGUGUGCGUGGAGACCAGCAGCCUGGCGCGUGGGCGGCAGCAGAGGGUGAUCCUGCCGGUGCACUACCCGGGCCGCGUGCACAGGGCCGGCGCCGUGCCUGCCUACCCCACGAGGACCAGCAUGGAUGCCCACGGGAAUCCGGUCACGCUGCUGACCGUGGACCGGCGCGCGGAGCAAGGCCUCUUCCCGCCACAGACCCCCGCCUACAUCCGCGGCUACCCGCCCCUCCACCUGGACCACGGCCUGGCCGCACACCGCUGUGGCCUGGAGCACCGGCCCUACUCGCCCGCGCCCCCCUUCCGCAGGCCCAAGUUCAGCGGCCGCAGCUUCUCCAAGGCAGCUUGCUUCUCGCAGUACGAGACCAUGUACCAGCACUACUACUUCCGGGGCCUCAGCUACCCCGAGCCCGAGGGGCAGCCGCCUGCCAGCCUGGGCCCCAGGAGCCCGGCGCGAGCCUUCCCCCCGGGUGGCGGCGGCGGCGGCGGCGGCAGCCUGCUCUUCGCGCCCGCGGCCCCGGCCUCGCCCCUGGAGAGCGGCAGCGCGUCCAGCUUCAGCUGCUACCACGGCCACCGCUCGGUGUGCAGCGGCUACCUGGCCGACGGCCCGGGCAGCGACAGCAGCAGCAGCAGCAGCAGCGGCAGCUCGGGCCAGUGCCGCUGCUCGUCCAGCGACUCGGUGGUGGACUGCACGGAGGUCAGCAACCAGGGCGUGUACGGCAGCUGCUCCACCUUCCGCAGCUCGCUCAGCAGCGACUACGACCCCUUCGUCUACCGCAGCCGCAGCCCCUGUCGCACUGGCGAUGUGGGGGGCUCGGGCCGGGGCCCCGUGGUGCGCCUCGAUGGCUCCCCGGCCCCCGAAGAGCUCCCGGCCUCAGGCCGGGGCCCCGGCGCCGCGCGAGGGGAGCCCUGGCCCGGGCCCGUCUCAGUCUCGGCCUCCGCCUCGGGGGACCAGCUGUCCACCUGCAGCCUGGAGAUGAACUACAGCAGCAGCUCCUCCCUGGAGCCCCGGGGGUCCCACAGCUCUACCUCACAAGGGGGGCUCGAGGCCUCUCCCGGCACCGCCCCGGACCUCAGGAGGACCUGGAAGGGGGCCCGGGAGGGGCCGUCGUGCGCCUGCUGCUGCGAGCCCCCAGCCCCCGCCCCAGAGCCCGGCGCGGGGGCGGCCGGGGGCGGCGCCUUGUACCUGGGCCCCCCGCCCUGUGAGGGGUGCGGCCCCCCGGGCAGGGAGCCACAGCCCGCAAGCUCCCAGGGCCUGUACGGCCUUCACCCGGACCAUCUGCCCAGGACGGACGGGGUGAAGUACGAGGGCCUGCCCUGCUGCUUCUAUGAAGAGAAGCAGGUGGCCCGCGGCCGCGGGGGCGGCGGCUGCUACACCGAGGACUGCUCGGUACGCGUGCAGUACACGCUGGCCCAGGAGCCCCCGCCCGGCUGUCACCCCGGGGCCCGGGACCUGAGUCAGCGCGUCCCCAUCAUUCCAGAGGAUGUGGACGGCGACUUGGGCUUGCCUUCUGACUGCCAGGGGACCCGUGGCCUCAGCCCCUGGAGUGGGGCACUGCCCGGUCCAGAUGCCCUGUGGCCCCACAGGGGCCUGGGAGCAGCCCAAGAAGAAGAGCGAGUUCUGUGCUGCCCAGCCAGGACACCACGGCCACCUGGCUGCCCUCCGGAGGAUGUGGGGGCCCCCAGGGCCAGCUCCCCCAGAGCCCUCCGGGACACUCGGGAAUCCAGCGCCACAGCCCCCGAGGCUGCAGGACUGAUAUCUCGCCCGGUGGACAGCGGCAGCCCUGGAGCCUGAGCUCCGAAGGAACUCUUCCUUGGAAAUGGGAACUGUAUGGAGACUCCAAACUCUGACUUCCUACAGAAAAAAGAAAACAAAAAAAAAAUUUUUUUUAGCUUUGACAAACACAAAAGUGGUAAUAAAGAGAGCCCUCCUUCUCAACCCAAAAUGUGAGCCACCUGUGGCAAACCGCCCCCCCCCCAACCAUUA